UUGAACUGAAAGUUGAUAGACACAAUCUACUAUUCAUGAAAAACAUUUUCACAAAUUUCAUCAAAAAACUACACCGGCCUGAACCACUUCAAAUGGAGGCGGCAAGACAGGAGUUUUGGGGAAGCAGGCCAAUUGAAAGCGAGUAAAUUACAAGAUUAAUAUCCAAGGGUAAAUCUCCCUACAAUAACUCUUAGGAUUUGUUUUAUGUAUAUGCAUGAGAAUUUAAUUUGUUGAAUAAUGAUUGACUACAUAAUACGUACCGUAGCCAAUAAUCUAAUUAACAAAUAUUGGGAGGUCAAAAUUGGUCUAGUUAAUUACACUCCGCAUAUGUAUGGGGCCUCGGCAAAGAGGGCAUGUUUGGUUUCUCUUUCUCCUGACCCAUUGACGGAUGCAUUUGUUAUGAAAUCUAUGCGAACACGGCGUCAACGGAGUGAUCACGGCGCCCUUGCAAAACCCUUCCAAACACACGCUGCAUGUUUCGCCGCCGUCUUCCCCGUCAUAAACUUCUCCCGUCAAACCCAACUGCCCGAUAUCAACACCGCCUUCAUAAUCAUACGCCGCCUGAAGAGCCAGAACUAAACUGUUAUUCAAAUCGGGAAGCCACACCGUAAAGGGGGCUGGCCGCGGUGGUGGCCCCCGUUCUGCUUCCGCCGAUUCAUUGACGGCUUCUAACACCAUCGUUACCAGCAAUCCGAAACGGCCGUCUUGGCCGUCAAGUUUCUCGAGAGCGCCGGAAGCCGCCUGAGAGCCGAUGGGGUUGCCCCACCGACGGUCAACGCCGAAGAAGGAGGAUAGUAUGAGGGAAACCCUGUCUCCGAGUAAGGGCAAAUCGCGGAGAGGGUUGAAGGUGAACUCGUUCGGGUUGGAUUGGGUGAUCAUUCGGAUACUCAGUAUGCCCAGAGUUGGGUCCGUCACCGUGCUGAAGUCCAUGCUUCUAACCCUAACCUCGUUAUUCAUCUUGUAAAAAAGUUUAAGCACAUCGAUCGAGAUGUACGGAUU